AGGUGGUUUUCACGACUUUUUUGAACGACGCAUAUAAUUAUUUUAAGCGUUCUUGCUCGUAUUCCGUUUGGACUUAAAUGUUGAUACAUGUAAACGCUUUUGGUAUAGUUUUGAGUCUUCAGUCGUUUCCCAUUUAUCGUAUUAUUUUUAUAAUCGACGUUUAUUCCUGUUCUUUGUUGCAGGUUUAAAACUGGUCUCACUGAAGAUCUGGCGUCGAGGAUUUUUCAACUGUGUAUGAAGAUCAAAACCCCAAAAAACAUGUUUUUUCUACUCGAGUAACGGACAUUUGCUUACUAUUUUUUGGCUCCAGAUUGUUCAAGAAGGAAAAGAUAGAUUAUAGCCACCACAAUCCCGCCCAUUAAGACAUUUUUCAGCCAUAAUGAUAUAAAGACAUAACAGUUUAGGCUCUUAAACUGUUAAAUUCUGAAAAUUGUUGCUGUUAAGCACAAUAUAUAGGUACCCGAGACGCAGAGGAGAUUUAUAAAUAGUAAGUGUUUUUCAAACCAAUUUGAAUCGAAAUUUAAGAGCUAAUCAUUUGUUUUGGAAAUGAUUUAAAACAAAAGAGGCAUCUCUAGCUAACGUAACUCAGUUAGCCCUUAAAGGUGGCAAAUAUAAAAUUCAGUAUACAGAUAAAGCGAGUAAGCUAGCUAGCGUAUGAGCUCACACUGCAAAGUUAGCAGUGGCGGAAAGCCCUGUUUCUCUUUGUGUGUGAGACGGAUUUGCAAUUCUAGUAAUUAAGGAUAUAUAUAUAAGCUAGCGAUCGCUUCUCAUAAGCAAUCUGUACAUAAAGAUUGCCACAACAUAGGAUGUCUAAAUUUGUGCUAAUUUGAUCGAAAGGAGAGCUCAUUGGAACAACGCAAUCUACACAUAAAGAUUGCAAGUUGGCGACUGGAUGUAGUCGAACGGGACGUGCAAGGGCUGAAAAGCAACGUAUUUUUCUAUCGUUUGAUAUUGGCGAACCUUGGUAGUAUGAAAUAAACCUCCCAUUAAGGAUAUACGGCACUCUUGAUAUAAAGAUUGCGUCUGUGCCUAUUAUGAUUAGCAAGCGGUUGAGGUUAGCCGUGAAAUGCCGAGUAGAAUAGGCUAUUUGUCUAGUCGAUUUUUUGCUCUAAUAUGGCGGACAGGUUGUCCUUUGCUGGGAUCACUGCAGGCAAUGGUGGCUUUGUUUUUGAAACUAGGCUGUAUUUAUUUGCUCAGCUCGGUUGUCUGGUAUUGUCUGUCGUAGCCAACCAAAGUACCCAUUUCUAUUUUCCGCGAGUGCUUAAAUUGCAAGCGUGAAUGCAUGUCGGAUGAAAUUACCGUAACUACUUUUGAGCAUUUAUUUGUAUUUCAAGAUGGCACCCGAGCUUCUUCUUCAACACAGUUCCUUGUUUCGAGCUCACUUGACAUGAAUUGGUUAACAAAAGAGGGCAGAGCUUAGACCAGCAUCGAGCGAAUCAGAGGACUCGCGAGUCGUUCUCUGGCGAUCUUACGGAUGCAGGAGUCCGACAGAUGGCGAAAAAGAGCUCUAAUCUGCGACGGCUCCCGUUAUAUAAUGGGGCCUUUAGUGCAAUAUAUUGUGCUGAAUGUCAAAUAUUUUGUCAUGCCGAAUUAUUCUGAGUAAUUUCAAAAACAUGGUGAAACAUACAGAAGAGGGCAUGACGGACAGUUUCUACUAAAUCCCAGAUAAAAUAGGUAAUGAUGCCUAAGCAGAGGAUUUACAGUGGGGGUGCAAAGAGCAGCACUUUCACGUCUGUGAUGCAGUUCAAAAGAUAUUUAAUGUUUUGGCAACUAAACCAGCGGAUUCUGUUCAUGAAAAACUCCAAUUCGUUUUCCCUCAGUGGUGGCCAUAUUGAUCAAUAUGAUAGUUGGUUUCAGUGUAAAUACAUUGGUUUUCAGAAUAAUUGUCACUUGUUUACUGUGUUUACGUUUGUAACAGUUGUGACGUUUUCAGGAAUUGUGUGUAAUGUUCCAUGUAAUGGAGUUCUGAGACUAUAAAAACUUCAACAACAACACUUUUCCGGUAUCCUGUAAUGGCGGUGGGCCCGGUAGACCCCAGGGAGGUGCUGAAAGGGGUGGAGGCUCUGCUUGGAAAGGAUGGAGAGCUGCGCAGUCUGGAAGGUGUUGCCAAAGUGUUCAGUCUCAUGAAGGCCUCUCAUAAAAUGGUCAGUAGAUGCAUGUACCUCAACAUCUUGCUGCAGACCAAGUCUCAUGACAUCCUUAAUCGAUUUAUCCGUGUUGGUGGUUACAAGCUGCUGAACUCAUGGUUGACCUACUCUAAGAGCACCACCAACACGCCCCUGCUACAGCUUAUUCUGCUCACGCUCCAGAAGCUGCCCCUCACUGUGGACCACCUCAAACAGAAUAACACAGCCAAGUUGGUUAAGCAUCUGAGCAAGAGUGGGGAGACUGAAGAUCUGAGGAAGCUUGCCUCAGUACUUGUAGAUGGCUGGAUGGCCAUUAUUCGUUCUCAGAGCGUUACCAGUGGAGCCUCUCCCAAUGACAAAAAACGAAAAAAAGAAGAGAGUAAAGUGCGUCCUGAGAUAAAGGCUGGAGAGAAGGGCACAGAUGAGGAGAGGAAGCGGGAAAAGCCAAAAGCCCAUGCUCCCAGCCACGCCAAAAUCCGCUCCACAGGUUUGGAAGUAGAGACCCCAACACCAGUUCCUACAAAAAAGGUCCCUACUGUGCCCCAGCUUGGUGACAAAUACAUAAUCAAACCAGCUGUCCUUAAAAGGCCUAGUUCCUCUUUGUCUGAUGCACCCCCUGUGGAGAAGAAGUAUAAGCCACUAAACACCACCCCCAACUCUGCAAAAGAGAUUAAAGUCAAGCUCAUACCCCCACAACCUAUGGAGAGCCCUGGGUUCCUUGAUGCCCUCAAUUCUGCUCCAGUGCCUGGAAUUAAGAUCAAGAAGAAGAAACCUAAGGCAGCCUCUCCUACCUCCAAUAAGCCAUGUCCAUUUGACAGCAAGGCUCAGGUGUACUCCAGCUCACAGACCAAGCCUUCCUCCCCCGAGACUCCAUCCUCUCAGACCCCUCCUCAUGAACCUCAAGACCUAGAGCAGCCUGGCACACCUGUGCCCACAGAGGACCCCGAGGCUAUGGACACUGGAGAUAAACCCAAUGCACUUUCAGAGCCACGUGGAGAGGAAGAGAGUCUGACAAAGAAAGGAAAGAAAAAGAAGACCGUCCGCUGGGCAGAAGAUGAUAACCUUAAAGAAUACUUCUACUUUGACCUGGAUGAGACUGAGAGAGUGAAUGUCAAUAAGAUAAAGGACUUUGGUGAGGCAGCAAAACGGGAGCUGAUGAUGGACAGGCAGACAUUCGAGAUGGCCCGUCGGCUGUCCCAUGACACCAUGGAGGAGAGAGUGCCCUGGACUCCCCCGCGGCCUCUGACCCUGUCGGGCAGCCUGGUCAUUCCGGGUGCCAACAGCAGUGAGAAGCUGACCCAAAGGGACAGGGAGAUGGGCAUCCUCCAGGAGAUCUUCCUCAACAAAGAGAGUGUUCCAGACAGCCCCCAUGAGCCAGACCCAGAACCUUAUGAGCCCAUGCCCCCACGACUCAUUCCCCUGGACGAGGACUGCACGAUGAUGGAAGACAUGGAGUCGACUGACACCACUGCUUCGUCAUGCCCUCCCUCUGCACCACAGGAGGGCUCUAAGCUGCCCCCUGUCCUGGCUAACCUGAUGGGUAGCCUGGGCAAUAGUAGUCGUAGCCCCCAGACACAGGGCAACGCGCCGCCGCCCAACAAUCCCGCAGUGAACGUCCAGGAGCUGCUCAACUCCAUCAUGGGUGCACAAGGUUCUAACCAGUCGGCAGAGGAUCUGAUAAAGCAGCCUGAUUUCUCAGACAAGAUCAAGCAACUCUUGGGAUCCUUACAACAGAACCAGAACCAAAAUCAGAACCAGAACCCACCGGUCAAUGCACCACCCAUGAACACAGGUUUGCUAGGUCACGGCCCAGGCAUAAACAUGAACAACAUGAACAUGCAGAUGCCCAUGAAUGGGGGCUACCCCCCCAAUAAGCCCCCUGGCGGCCCUCAUUUCAAUCACCCACCUCCGCCCCACGGCCAUGGACCCCCUUACAAUGCAGGCAGUGGCCCUCGUAUGAUGGGGCCCCCACCUGGCCCCCAGGGGCGUGGCGGAGACAACGGCAACUACUGGGGCGAUGAGUCCAUGAGAGGCGGUCCCCACCGCGGAGGCCACUUUCACCGCGGCAGAGGAAGAGGAGACCAAGGAUUUAGAGGAAGAGGUGGUCGAGGGGGUCCCCGAGGGGGUCAUAACAACAUGGGAGACAUGUCAAAGAGGCCAGUGUGUCGCCAUUUCAUGAUGAAGGGAAAUUGCAGAUAUGAAAACAACUGUGCAUUCUACCACCCAGGGGUGAAUGGUCCACCAUUGCCCCCACAACAUGGGCAUUAAUGUAAAACCACCCCUUCCUAACACACACUUCCACACAAGGGGGCAGUAAGACUCAAAAUGCGCCUAAGAGACGUCUUGUGCCUGACUCAGAAGAGGAGGAUGAACAGGAUCAAUGGUUUUAAUUUUGUUGAGAUGAAGCCAUUUAUUCCUCCUCAGUGUUUAAAGCUGCCUGACAAGAGAUGAAGACACAAAGCACCAACCUGGCCCUGAUAUUACUGAUUGUUUUUUUUCCUCUAUAUGGAAACGAAAGCUAUGACUGGUUAAGAUCUAAAUAUUCAACUCUUGAAAUGUACUCAACCAUAUAGAGAUUUGGUUCUGUCAGUGGAGAAUGUUUAAGCACCGGCAGACACGGACUCUUCCUGUGACACUUUGUGUUUAUCGAGAUCAUUUGUGUACAUAAUAUAUAUUUUUGUGAUUAUAUGUACUACAGUAACUGCUGAAGCUCGUGUCCCACUCAUUCUAUGACCACUAUGAGGAAGCAUUUUGUUUUGGACUGUAAUGGCAGAGUUGUAUUUCUCUGUUCCAGUGGUAAUCCCUUUUAUAUUUUGGGGGGCUUUGAAUUUGUUUUGGCACUACAAAACUUGGGAAGACCUGAUGUGUUGCCAUAUAAUCUCCACUGUGGAAGAAAUGUGAUUUUGAGGUUUUUUUUUGUUUGUUUUAAACACUGUGGAAGAGGACAAAUAAUUUGUUGUUCCCCUCUAUACACAGGUUUAAACCCUUGGCUUGAAAAGCACCUUAAUCUGUAUUGUAUGAAAUGCCACACUCCCCAGCCACCAUUCUUGGCCAAGCAGAUUGGCUAGACACUUGGCACAUAUAAAGUUGAGGCUUCCUGCCUGUGUUUGUGGUGUUGGCAGAAAAUCUCACAGGUCCUACAAUGUAUGAAAAAGGGGUUUACAAAGAGCAUGCUUUGUAGGAACCCUGUUGUCCAGUAUCGUUACUAAGGUGUUCAUUAGAUGCAGAAGAAAGGGAAGCACAAGCUUUUGGAACACUGUUAAAUAAUAUGUCUGAGCCACAUAAACCAAACUUAUUUAAAGAAAAAAACCCUGAUACAUAGUGUGACAAUCAAGGUGAUUAGAUUUCAUUAUUUUCAAGAUAACAUUCAUGCUAUCAUUUCUUUCAGCGUAUGUCCAUGCACUCACUCACUCAGCUGUAAAGCAUGACUGUGGAGUUCAGCUGUUAGUCGUGUAUGGGUCACUGCUGAGUCAUGUAUCUCCUUGUCCAUCAGUGUUCAACUGGGCCUGGCCUGGGCUUAGAACCACUCUCUGGGCCAACAUUAUCCAAAGUGUUUUCUGUGAAAACAGUGGCCUUUGCGUCUCUUCUGGGACUUUUUUUUUUUUUUCUUUCUUCCCUAUGUUUUUAUUUUCUUAAGUCUAGUAAUUUUUCUUUUUGUCUCUAUCCACUUGAGGCAUUAGAGAGGUAAGUCAGUCUGUUGGUCAGAGUAUAGUGCAUAAACACAUUUAUAAGUAUAUACAAAUAUCUGUAAAGGGUUUUUCUACAUGUGUUAAUAAAUGUUAUAAAAUUGA